CGCGCCUGUACGCGGCCACGUCAUGUAAACCAAACUGGGAAGGAGUGCGUACACCAGGGUGACUGAACCAAAAUAGAAGAAGAUUGAAGUGUUCACAGACUAAUUUUCCUAACCCGCAUUGGCGGAUAACCUACAGAGAAUCUCCGGGCUUUCUAAUCAUAUGGCAAGAUGUCAGAUAUCGGGGACUGGUUUAAAAACAUUCCUUUCAUCACUCGUUACUGGUUUGCUGGCUCAAUAGCAGUGCCGCUAAUAGGAAAACUGGGAUUAAUCAGUCCUGUGUACCUUGUGUUAUGGCCGGAGGCAUUCUUUCAUAAAUUCCAGAUAUGGAGACCGAUAACUGGGACGUUGUAUUUCCCAGUUGGCCCAGGAACGGGUUUUCUAUACCUGGUUAAUUUGUAUUUUCUCUACCAGUACUCCUCGAGGCUUGAAACAGGAGCUUUUGAUGGAAGACCAGCAGACUACGUGUUCAUGCUCCUUUUCAACUGGAUUUGUAUUGUUAUAACUGGUCUAAUGAUGGACAUGCAGCUCCUGAUGAUCCCCUUGAUCAUGUCUGUUCUGUACGUCUGGGCUCAGCUAAAUCGUGACGUGAUUGUAUCUUUCUGGUUCGGCACCCGAUUCAAGGCUUGCUAUCUUCCUUGGGUCAUUCUGGGAUUCAACUAUAUCAUCGGUGGCUCUAUUGUCAACGAGCUGAUUGGGAACUUAGUUGGCCACCUUUACUUCUUUCUGAUGUUUAAAUACCCCAUGGACCUGGGCGGCAGGUCCUUCCUCUCCACUCCACAGUUCCUGUACCAGAUGUUCCCAAAUCGACGAGGUGGGGUGUCUGGAUUUGGCGUUCCUCCAACCAGGAGACCUGUGCCCCAAGAGCAGCCAGGAGGCGGAGGUGGAGGUGGAGGUGGGCGCCAUAACUGGGGUCAAGGCUUUCGGCUGGGGGAUGACUGAAGCUUUUGACUCUUGCAUCAGUGGAUAAAUACAGAAACUUCUAACAUCAAUGCUGCAGAAUAUGGAUUUUAUGUUUUGGGUUUGUGUUGCAUUUCUUCUGACCCACAAGGAAAAGUGACGGGGCUCCUUCGCAGCGUUACGUAUUUUCCUAUUACUCUCUAUGACAUAUCACACUGUUAUUGAGUUUCACAGUGUGUAUAGAAUCUCUGCGAAAAUAUGUGCAGUGGCAGAGUUGACGUAAUUGUAGAAAAUUCAGGGGACUUUGAUGGUGUUUCCCAUAUGACCGCAUCUUUGUUUAUUCAUUUUACUUGCUUACAAUCAAAUGUAGCUGAUUCAUUUUGCCAUGAAUUGUUCAGGGUAGAUUGUUUGUUAGCAUGGCUGUUUAGGAAUGGCCAUGGACUUCAAAUCUAAAAAAAUUUUUUUUUUUUAUCACCUCAUUUGUUUAAAUUAGGUUACAUUUGUCAUUUUUCUUAAGCAUUAUGCUUUACAUUUGUGAAUUAACUGAAUUCCCAGUCUGAACAUGCACAUGAAAGUGCUGUGCAUUUUUAUACAUGUAUGAAUAUUUCCAUCUGUUUGUUUUAUAGGUUUAGAUUCCUUGAUUAAAGUUUAUCAAUCAAACCGUUUACAGUAAAACUGCCAUGAAUUUCUCGCACAUUACUGAUGAUUAAACUGUUCAUAU